AGAAUUAUACCAACAGACACACGUGGGUGCAAUUCUUAGCAGGAAAUCAAAAUCGAUUUCGCGCUGUGCAACUUGACCAAAGUGGAUUAUGCCUCUUUAGUCAAGUUGCACAGUCAGGUGGCACAUGUUAGCAGUGUUAGCUGCGGUGCUGGUGGUGGCUCGGAGCGAGCUGUGCCUGCAGGGCGGCUUCGAGUCGCAGCUGCAGCAGGUGCUGGACGCCUACAUGCUGCGGCCACAGCUGGAGGCCUGCAUCAUCACCACCGUGGCGGACGAUGUCUUGCGCACGCUCAGCCCACGCUGGCAAGGAAUAGAGAUGACCCCAUUCGGGUCCCUGGUGACCGGGCUAGGCACACACUCUAGUGACCUGGACUUCAGCGUGACCAUGCCCAACUACAACUCGUCGAGAGACGCCGAGUGGGACAUGUUAGACGAGAUCAACGAGCUCGUCAUGCAGCAGCCUGACCUUUAUUCUGAGAUACACUACUUCACGAGAGCCGAUUUUGCACGUUACUCUUUCAAUCACAGCACGACACACCGAAAAGUUGACCUCGUAUUCAGAUUAGGCGACAAUGGGGUACAGAAUAGCAAAGUUAUAAAAUACUAUUUCCACUUAGAUGACAGAUUUCUACCUUUGGGGGUGCUUCUUAAAUUGGCUUUCGAAAUUCACGAUCUGAUCGGACCGGGUGUGUUAAAAAAUUAUGCUGUGUACUUGUUGGUGAUAUUUUCUUACAACAAAGAACAUGGCGCCUGCCGGUUUCGAGUUACAAAGAGACGCGGAGAGUUACUACAACUGAUAACAGUCAAAGAUACUGAGAGAAUUAAGAAGUUUCUGAAGUCAGCUGCCGCGUGGUUCGAAGACCUACCGGCAGACCGGUUCCUCAGCGCCAUACUGAGUAAACAGCAAGACAGUGACACACAGAGCAGCUCUGAGCAAAAUUGUAUCGACAUACCGUACUCCGGAGAUACUGCAACAUUACAUCUCACAUGCUCAAAGUAA